ACUUCAGCCUCCAGCCCCUUCGUCCCUGCCUGCAUUCAGCCGACUCAGGUGCACUGUCAGGCCUCCGCACUCCUUCCAUUAACCUCACGGCUUCUCCUGCCUUCCCAUUUUCCCUCUGUCAGCAAGAGCUUCUGGCUCUCUGCUGGCUCUUUCUCCCUUGGGCCACCCAGAGGGUUGGCCCACAGGUGCAGAAGGUGCAGGCAGCUGCCCUCUCAGCCCUGCCCUGCCCAGAGGGAUAAGCGUAAGGACAUGAUGUCUGGAGGCAACGACAAGAGCAUGAAGGCCCUGAAGGAGGUGUGGAGAAGACCGGAAAACUCUUUGUGUGCAGACUGUGGGAAGCCAGAUCCUGACUGGGCAUCCUCUACUUUGGGUGUCUUUAUAUGCCUCAGCUGCUCGGGAAUUCACCGCAACAUCCCUAGCAUCAGCAAAGUCAAAUCCCUGAAGAUGGACCACUGGGAUGAUGCUCAGGUGCAGUUUCUAGCCAAGCAUGGAAAUGCUGUGACUAAAGCCACAUACGAAGCUCACAUCCCUAUUUACUAUUACCAGCCAAACUACAACGACUGUCAAGUGCUGAGAGAACAGUGGAUACGGGCCAAGUAUGAACGCAAAGAGUUCACUGAGCCGGGAAAACAGCUGCCAUAUUCUGAUGGGGUGAAGGAAGGCAUCCUGUGGAAGCGAGGCCGAGACAACGGACAGUUCCUACCCCGCAAGUUCCUUUUGUCUGAGAGAGAGGGAUGUCUGAAGUAUUUCACCAAGCAGGAUGCCAAAGAACCCAAAAUCAACAUUAAAAUAGAUGUUAUCAAUGCUACAUUCCAGCCAGUGAAGAUUGGGAACCCCAAUGGCCUGCAGAUCACCUAUCUCAAAGACAACAAGACCCGGAAUAUAUUUGUCUACCAUGAAAGUGGAAAGGAGGUAGUGGACUGGUUCAAUGCCAUUCGCUCCGUGCAGUUCCAUUACCUGAAGGUAGCAUUUCCCAUUGCCAGCGAUAAUGAGAUUAAAAAUCGACUGACAAGAAACUUCCUGAAGGAGGGAUACAUGGAGAAGACUGGUCCCAAGCAGAGAGAGGCUUUUAAGAAACGCUGGUUCACGCUGGAUCACCGCAGGCUCAUGUACUUCAAGGACCCUUUGGAUGCGUUCGCUAAGGGUGAGGUGUUUGUGGGCAGCAGAGAGAAUGGCUACAGCGUCCAGAAGGGAUUGCCUUCGGGGACACAGGGCAACUUCUCGUGGCACUAUGGCCUCACCAUUGUCACCCCCGACCGGGAAUACCUCUUCACCUGUGAGACGGAGGCUGACCAGCUGGACUGGAUUGCAGCCUUCACUAGCGUCAUCAACCAGGCCAUGACACCACAGGAAUAUGCCAUUGAAGCCUACUUCAAGUUUAAGUCCUAGGAAGCCAUGUGGGAACUUCGCUACGAAUCAACUCUACCUGGUCCUGUUGGGUGGGCUGUCAGGAGAGGAGAUCAACAUCAGAGAAACACGGUGCUCUUAAAGCACCCUUUGAAGCACUUUUUUUUCUCCAUAGACAUUCCACUUUGUUCUGGGGGCCAAAUUAAGCUGCUUCCUUUGAAGUGCAAGACUUUGUGAGUCUGAAUCCUCAGUGCAACCCGUCACUGUUAAAUUGCUGUGAUCUGACUGGACACUGGCAGGCCUUGCCUGUCAAUUGGGCCUUGAAAACUUGGCACUUGCUAUGUUGGACAUGGGACUGAGCGUAACUCCUGCACGAAGCUGCAGACAGCCACCUACCUUAGGCAAGGAAACAACUGCCUGCCUGGAGCUACGCCCCAGUGGGUUGCAGGGGCUGCUGGACUAGGAGAGACAUGAAAUGGCUUCUCUGCUGGUGACAGAGAUGUGAAACAUCUAGAUAUUUGAUCAGUUAGAGCUGUAGUUGAGAAAGGUCACUUAAUAGAUGUAAUCUAACAACCUCCUGCCAUGUGUAGGCUUGAAAGCUGCUUCAGACCACAUUUGUGUGGAGACCUUCCUCUGAUUGCUACAGAGAAUAUUAAGAGACUUGCUCAAAAACAAUGUGUGUGUGUAUAUAUGCUUACGUGUAUGUGGAUAAUGUGUGUGUGUACGUAACAAAAAGCGGUGUGGAAUACUACUACUAGGGAAGAUACUGUGAGGGAUAUUCAUGCCACUGAAGUUCAGCUGUCAAGUUUGAGUCUCUAGUCAAACCAAUGGAGAGAGGUUGGGUCUGGCAGAGAGCAGUCUAUGGUGUGUCUGAUAUAGACUUUGGACUCUCGGUUGACUUUACUAGAGCAUAGGGGUUGAUGUCUGAAAUUAGUAAUACAUGGAUCUCUGCUCCCUCUCUGUAUAUCAAAGGCCUGGCACUUUCAUGCUGCCCUAUACAUUAAUGUGUAUAUAUUGUAUAUUACAUAUGCAUACAAUUUUAUGCAGCAGUAGGAACCCUGUGUGUUCAUGGCCUUCUAGUAACAGUUAGCUCUAACCACUAAAUCAGCCCAUGAUUCAUAUCUUGAAGAUCAAAGGUCUCCUGGGAGAGCUGUGUUUCCCAGGCUGGAAGGACUGGCCGAGUUCUGCUGAUGACUGUACAAUCUGAUGUGUCUGCAGUUUCACACAGGCAGUGUGAGAGGAGGCAUCUAGUGUGUUAAGAGGAGCUAACUGGAAUUAACGAGCCAACAAGUAUUUUAAUUAGCUCCUAAAGAAAUGAAUAAAAAAAUCCCAUUGUAAUUUAUUUUAACUUCCUGAACAACCUGAGCUUCUAACUGCUAAGGCAUGAGGUUGUUUCUUGGAAAAAAACACAGACAAGCAGAGCAAGGAGCCAUGGCUUUUCAUUGCAUUUCCUGGGGCAUGUGGACUGUGAAUCUUCCCAUCAGAGCCAGAUGAGCAAAGUCAU